UCGGUGCCCCCAUAUAUACAGAUCUUCUUACAGUAUAUAUACAGGUGGAGCGCUCCUCGGUGCCCCAUAUAUACAGAUCUUCUUACAGUAUAUAUACAGGUGGAGCGCUCCUCGGUGCCCCCAUCCGUAUACAUACUCCAUCUUAUUCUCUCUUUCAGGCUCCCAGGCCAGCAGGGUGGGUCACCUGACUUCCUCCUGGAGUGCGAUGCGACGGCUGUGGACGCCAUUCAGCGGCAUCUUCAGGUUUACAACAUCAGGAAGAAGGUGGAGUUGCGUCUUUGCCCGGAGUUGUCCGUCUGGGCCGUCAUCAAGGAUACGCAGGAUCCUGUACAGGAGGUGCUCCCAGGGGCCCUGCUCUGUGUCCCUGACCCCCGGGGGCCCCUGAUGGGAUGCAGGUUGGUGGCAGAGACUGGCCGGGAUGUCAGAGACUUACUGCAGGGGACAGAGCUCGGAAGUGUCUGGGAGUACAACCGCUACAGAUACCAGCACGGGAUUGCGGAGGGGGUGAAGGACCUGCCCCCCAACGUUGCGUUACCACUGGAAUCUAACCUGGUCUAUAUGAAUGGGAUCAGCUUUUCUAAGGGCUGUUACAUUGGUCAGGAGCUGACGGCGCGGACUCAUCACACCGGUGUCAUCCGUAAGCGCCUGGUACCUGUGCGCCUUUCUUCGCCGUCAUCAGCUGACUGCGAGGGGGCGGAGAUCACCACAACAUCGGGGAAGUCGGCCGGCAGGUACAGGACAGGAGUGGAGGAACUGGGACUGGCACUUCUCAGACUCGCCCAUGUGGGGGAGGAGCUUAAGAUAUUAGGAGGCGGAGCUCCAAUCAGUGUGAAGGCUUCUGUUCCAGCAUGGUGGCCGGGUCCUGGUGAUGGAGUAUAAAGAGGAGGAGCCCCACAAUACAGUGCUCCAAGUCACAUGACCCUCCUGAUCUGCAGCUACACUCAGACAUUGCAACAAACCCUCCGCUGUGUGAGCUUCCUGCCUCAAUUCACUGACAGCUAGCAAAGAUCCUGAUGUGAUUGAGAUCCACAGGUGACAGGACGGAGGAGUGGGGCGGCCGCGUCUCUAUGUAUAAAGCCCGACUCCCGGAACAUUCUUAUUACUUUGUUUAUAUUUCUUUAGCAUCAACUUCUUUCUGAGGAAUUUCAUUGUUUGUGUGUGAUGAUUUAUAAUAAUAAAGUAUAAAAAUAACUCAG